GAACCGCGAGCUCAAUAGGAGCGCGUGUUCGUCUGUACUUGUGAAAUAUGUAUCAGAUGCUUCACGUGCCCCUUUGGAAAGUGCUCACUGUAGUAAACCGGUGAAUUGACGCUGCGUCGCGCGCUCACGUGUAAACGUCCGGGGAAAAAAAGGAAAAAAGGACGACGCGCGAGGCGGUGACGGGCGCGUGCCUGCAGCUCGGAGCGCGCAGUUGUGCUUUGUGGUCACUUAGACAAGCAGGCGGACAUUCAUCCAGUCUGAGCUUCUGACCUGAAAGAAACCGGCAAAAUAACCGAUCCAGGAUUUUAGCAUUAACUCCCCAAGAGAGUAGAGAACAAGAGAUCAGCAAGCCGCUGGAAGGAUGGGCGAGACGGAGGAGGAGAAGAACCAGGCAGGGAAGAUGUUUGAGGACUUCAUUCAGGCAUCCACCUGUAAGUCCACCCUUCAGGCCUUUAACAUCAUGUGUGCUUACCUGGAUCUGGAUCCUCUGGAGCAUGAGUCAUUCUACAGCAGCCUGAAGAGCAGACUGACCUGCUGGAAGGCCAAAGCGCUGUGGACCAAACUGGACAAGAGAGCCAGUCACAAGGAGUACAAGAAAGGCAAUGCCUGCAUAGGCACGAAGUGCUUGAUAAUUGGAGGAGGACCCUGUGGCCUGCGCACUGCUAUAGAGCUGGCAUUCCUUGGUGCCAAAGUAGUGGUGAUUGAGAAGAGAGACACAUUUUCCAGGAACAAUGUUCUGCACCUGUGGCCCUUUACCAUCCAUGACCUCAGAGGCCUGGGGGCUAAAAAGUUUUAUGGCAAGUUCUGUGCAGGCGCCAUAGACCACAUAAGUAUACAGCAGCUGCAGCUCAUGCUCCUGAAGAUUGCGCUUCUUGUGGGGGUUGAGUUCCACAUCAACGUGGAGUUUAUAAAGCUUCUGGAGCCUCCCGAAGACCAGGAAAAUGAGGGUCCUGGAUGGAAGGCGGAGAUCCGGCCGUCGGAUCACCCCGUAGCUGACUUUGAUUUCGAUGUUGUGAUUGGGGCUGACGGGAGGCGAAACACACUCGAAGGUUUCAGACGAAAAGAGUUCAGAGGAAAACUGGCCAUCGCCAUUACAGCCAACUUUAUCAACAGGAACACGACAGCAGAGGCCAAAGUGGAAGAAAUCAGUGGCGUGGCCUUCAUCUUCAACCAGAAGUUCUUUCAGGACCUCAAACAGGAAACAGGCAUUGACUUGGAGAACAUUGUAUACUACAAAGACAACACACACUACUUCGUCAUGACGGCUAAAAAGCAGAGUCUUCUGGAUAAAGGAGUCAUCAUUCAUGAUUAUAUCGACACAGAGGCACUGCUCAGCAGCGACAACGUGAACCAGGAGGCUCUGUUAUGCUACGCACGUGAGGCCGCCGAUUACGCCACGCAUUACCAGCUACCCACACUGGAGUACGCUAUGAUCCACCUCAACCAGCCGGAUGUAGCCAUGUUCGACUUUACCUGUAUGUAUGCCUCAGAAAACGCUGCACUGGUUAGAGAGCGCUUUGGGCAUCAGCUGCUGGUGGCGCUGGUGGGAGAUAGUCUGCUGGAGCCUUUUUGGCCAAUGGGUACAGGGUGUGCUCGUGGCUUUUUGGCAGCCUUUGAUACAGCGUGGAUGAUCAAGAGUUGGGCACAAGGCAGAGGUCCACUGGAAGUGCUAGCAGAGAGGGAAAGUCUUUACCGACUGCUACCUCAAACAACACCUGAAAAUAUCGCCAAGAACUUUGAUCAGUACACCAUAGAUCCUGGAACACGUUAUCCCAACCUCAACUCCAACUGUGUCAGACCACACCAGGUCCGUAGCUACUACAUGUGCGGUGAACUGAAGUCCUGCUCCUUGGAACGAGCUGCUACCAUCCGGCGGCCAGUUAAUCUGUCAAGACGAGAAUCUGACAUCAGGCCCAGCAGGUUGCUGUCAUGGUGUCAGAAGCAGACAGAGGGUUAUCGAGGGGUCAGCGUGACUGACCUGAACUCAUCAUGGACCAGCGGUCUGGCCUUCUGCGCUCUUAUCCACCGCUUUAGAGCACACCUUAUUGAUUAUGAUUCCCUGAACGAAGAGGACUCUGCUAAAAACGCCCAGCUGGCAUUUGACGCAGCGGAAAAGGAGUUUGGCAUCAAGCCGUUCACCACGGGCAAAGAGCUUGAAUCCGGCCAAGAGCCAGACAAGAACAGCAUGGUGACCUACCUGUCCAAAUUCUAUGAGCUCUUCAGGGGAACACCUCUGCCAUCCACAGAUUCAAAGCGAGAAACAGUGGGAAAUAAUGAGGAAUGUAGUGAAAGAGCAUCUCAAACUGUUCAUAGAUCAAUGAGCUUCACAAUGUCUCGGAAACGAAUCCCAAAGGAUGACAAAAAGGUAGAAGAUAAUGAUUCUUUUAAUAAAAGAAGACGGAGGACUGUCUGCAGUUUUUCGGAACAGACAAACAACCUCCCCAGUCAGAACACAGCAUCUGAGAAACAGGAGCUGAAAGAGAAUAAAGUCAAAUUCAUGGCUUCUCAGCUACUGGCAAAGUUUGAGGACAGCACUCCAAGCUGCACUCUGCGUAGACAGAUUUCCACAAAUUUUCGGAGUCCUCCGAAACCUCCAUCACUCGAUCUGACAGAACAUCCACUCUUCAUAAAACCCAAGAAGAAAACCCCACCACCUCCACCUCCCAAAAAACAGAUCGUACCUUUAGCCUCUUCAGCUCCUCUUCUCCCUUUUCCCUUUAACAUCCCUUGGCAAGACUGCCAAAAUCUCACCCACCGUCCUCAUGCUCCACGCUCACUCUCUAAGCCUUCUGACACACCCAUUCAACCCACACCCCAGUCAGAGAAACCAGAAGUAGACCAUGCUGCGUCCUGUCAAUCUGCCAUUCUAAAUAUGAAAGCAAUGCUGCAGCGUCUGCAGAGAGUGGACGAAAAGAUCAGCCAGAGGAAAGCCGAGACAGAAAACGCUAGAGAGUUCCGUAGAAAAAGCAUAAAGGAGAAAGCCAUCCACUUGAGCUCUUUGUUUUCUGGUAACAGCAUCAUACUGCCUCAGACUGCAAUCAACCAUUCUCAUUCGAGCUCACCUUCAACUUCAUCACAAUGUUUUUCUACUUCCUCCUGUUCAUUUCCAUCCAGCAAACAUCAGCAUUCAGGGAUGCUGCUUUCUAAAAGAGAUGCUAAAGGAGAAACACAGAAUAACUCACACGUGCGCACUGUUGGGAAAGUGUCUCUGGUGGUUGAAGCUCGAGCUGAGACUCUGAUUAAUCUCUAUGAGAACGAUCACAGGCCCAAGGGUACCUGUUUAACCUCACCGAGUUCCGCAAGGAGGGAAUUCCCCCAAAGUUCGGGUGAUGUGUGUUAUGCGUGCAAGAAGCGAGUGUAUGUGGUGGAGCGCUUGAGUGCCGAAGGUCUGUUCUUCCACAGAGAAUGUUUCCGCUGCGAUACCUGUAGCUCUCCUUUAUGUCAAGGCGGACAGGCUUUCGACUCUGAACAGGGAAAGCUGUAUUGCAAGCUCCAUUUCUCUCAGCGUAAAUGUGCUGUAAAGCACGGCAGGAUAUUGGAGCCACAGAUGCCACCUGAAAGCACCACCCAGAUAAGUGCAAGUCCAAAUCCAGCCACGAGUGACAGCAGCUCCACGCAGUCUCCAGGUACUCUAUCCUCUGUGCUGAAGAGAAGCCUGCUCUGGCCCCUGCACGUGAGCCGGGCUGUGUGUGCAACGCCCCGGCGCGUUUGUAACUGGCUGGGUGGGAAAGUUCAGGCUGUGGGUCUGCACCUCAGGGAAAAUGCAGAUGACUACACCGUCUUGUACGAGCUGCUGAGCGUGGGGUUGCCCCUGCUCGUGGCACUCUAUGAAAUCCUGCUGCAGAUGCAUGCCGAGACCGGACCUCUCGACCUGCAGCUCCUGCAGCAAUGGAUCGAGCAGCACCUGGGCUGUGGCUUCCUCACUUAGACCAAUAAGUUAAAGCAUUUAUGAUUUCUUCCUCCAUUUUUGAGCUAAAACGUUCCAGCCCUCUGAAAACUGAUGGCUAGCUGAAAAUACUCAACAAUAUUUUUGAAUUAAACAUUUUGUUCACUCGACAUGCUGUAUGAACCUCGAGAUGACUACUGCUCGUAAAUUUCCUCUGCCUGAAAGCUGGGAAUUGAACAGUUGGUCUUGGAACAAUGUCUUUGCCGUUCUCAUGUUACAAAAGUUCUCAGAACGUUCGAAAAAAGGAAGGGCAAAAGGGAAACAUUUGAAAACUGAACUUUAAGCACUUUAAUGAAUGAGCUGCCUGGGAUUGUACCCAUGCAGGAUUGGGAGUAAUGAUUUCUGCAUGGUGUGUACAAUAAUCUAAAAUAAUUGUGUGUGUGUGUGUGUGUGUGUGUGCUGCAAGUUUACUGACACAAACCUGAAUUGAAUCUGCUUUCGGUCUCGUGCAAUGAACCUGCCAAACCAAACAGGGUGUUAUCAUCUACCCCAUCCCCACAUUCCACUUACUGAUACCGAAUGUUUACUGUACACAGUUAAUCAUGAAAUUCAGACUUAUGGUUGAUAUGCUUUACUCUGGUAUGGCCUCUUCUUAGAAUUCAUAGUUUGUGAAUUUCACAAAUUUUUCCACUUUCCAAUGCUGAAUCUGAUGAAAAAACUAAACAGAGCAUGGCUGCACAUUUUUUUUUUUGUUUAUCACAGAUAGCAACCUGUUAUGGGCUUAUAUACUGGUGUCAUCUUUUAUUAGCUUUUUAUGAGUUUUCCGUUUUAAUCUAGGGGAUAGUAAGAGAGUGUUGUAUACGCACAAAAUUAUAAGUGGUCAAAAUCACACAAAGCUAAACAGUCACACACAAGUUUUUAGACAUAAUUUUUAUCAUUACAUUGUGCCAGGGGUGUCAGACUUGCUCAUUUGGGGAACAGGCUACGUUACUAAGUCUGAUGUCAAGUGAGGUCUAGCUCUCUAGGUCUGGUGGGGCCUGAAGUGUAGCCUCAGGAUCUUUGUCUUUAACUAGCUAAAGUGGAACCCAGUGUAAGCUGUUGCAGCACAUCUGUCCUAAAGAUUCCUGAGAUGUUCGGACAUGUUUUUCUGCUCAUCAUGUUUGUAAAGUUAUUUGACUCUCUGUUGACUUUCUGUCAGUUCAAACUGGUCCUGGCUAUCCUCUGAUUACAAGUCUCUCAUGCACACGCCAUUUCCAUCCAAAGAAUUGCCACGUACAGGAUGUUUUUUUGUUUUGUUUCUUGCACCAUUCUGUGCACCAUACACUGUUUUGUGUGGGAAAAACCCAGGAGAGCAUCAGUUUCUUAAAUAGUCAAACCAGACCAUCAUACCACAAAAUUACUGAGAUCAUUAACUGGGUUUACAUGUUUUGAACAUUGAAAUGUUUCCCCGAAAGUAGAAACCAGAUCCAAGCUCCUUUAAUGUUCAAUCUUCCAUUAUAAUCAGGGUUCACGUUUUUAUUUACAUUUAAAACAUGGCUCUAGAACUGACUUGAGUCACAUGUUUAACAUCCCUGAAUUAUAUAAUAGUGUUCCUGGGCUGUUUUGUGAGCAGUCUGAAUGCACUGAACAUUUUGCAAUCUGUUUUCUAUGGAGAUCUGUAUUUUUAUACACUGGAAGGUAUGUUUUGUACUGUUCCGUUAUGUGCCUUUCUUUUGUUUGCUUUAUGUUCCAUUGCUCCUAAGCUGUACAUUGACACGAAAUGCACAAAAACUGCAUGCUGUUAUUCUCUCAGUGUGUAGCUUCAGUAGCGUAAUGUUACCUGCUUCAUAUUUCAUGUUUCUUCUCUUUCCUUUAUUCACUUGUAGUCUUUCUCGACCCUUCUGCUGUGUCCACACCUGACAUGCUCUGAGUCACUGACAGACUCAAGGUGAUCACCUACAUGCUCCCAUGACGCACUGUUCAUUUGAUUGCAUUACAUAACAGAAAUGACGUGCAUGGCGAACAAGCUACAUCAGCUUUUAACAGCUAAUUUCCUGUCUGCAGGGGUAGUUUAUUUUCAGUAUCAGUGUUUGCACAGCAGAGUUAUGCUGUUUGAAUCCGCAUCUGAUGUGUCAUUGCUGGGAACGUCACGGCCGUAAGACAAGGCACUCCCUUUCAGCUUUUCGUCUUUACUAGAAGUCAUGACUAACAGGAAUGUUGUUCCUGUGCUUUCCUACGCAGCACCUACACUACACGUUUUAUUCAUUUUUCUCUUCUUCUCUUUCUGCUGCGGUUAACGAAACCCAUCAAUGGAUAUUUUGAUUUUUAGAAACCUGAAAGAUGUUAGAAUAGCACCUUUUACCUGACAUGUUGCAAAACUGUAUUAAGGAAACCACUUUUUGCUUUAUUUAUGCCAAGUCCCAUGCAUUUAAUAAAUGAAAUGAGCAUCCUGAA